AUGAAUGCCUCCGAUCCCGUCGACGUGGCCGAGAUUGCCAAAUCAAAGGCAGCUAAUAAUGAUCUCGCUAUCAACGAGAAGGUCCCCGUCGUCGAUGAGUUGACCAUUGACAACGCACCCCAGCAGGGCGUCACUUAUGUCGAUGGUGAUGAGUCCAUUGAAAAGAUUUCCCCUACCACUGACGAGCUGGCAAACUUGCGUCGUGUGUCAGGCAAGAUCCCAUGGUCCGCAUACACAAUUGCCUUUGUGGAACUGUGCGAGCGAUUCUCAUACUACGGUACCACCGCAGUGUUCGUCAAUUUCAUUCAACGUCCCUUGCCAGCGGGUUCUACCACCGGUGCCCUGGUGGCUGGUAGCUCCGACUGGAGCAAUGGAACCCCUGGUGCGCUGGGCAUGGGCCAGCAGGCCUCCACCGGUCUCACAUUGUUCAAUUCCUUCUGGUCCUACAUUAUGCCCUUGGCCGGUGCUUGGGUUGCCGAUCAAUACUGGGGUCGAUUCCGCACCAUUUUCUCCUCCAUUGCUUGCGCACUGGUUGGUCACACCAUCUUGAUUGUUUCUGCCAUCCCCAAGGUUAUCGCCAGUCCUAAUGGAUCUAUCGCUGCUUUCACUAUCGGUCUGGUCAUCAUGGGUGUGGGUACAGGUGGUUUCAAGUCCAACAUUUCGCCGUUGAUCGCGGAACAAUACCGCGAGACGAAGCCCUAUGUCUCGACGCUCCCCAGUGGGGAGCGCGUGAUUGUGGACCCAGCGGCGACAGUGGCUCGUAUCUACCUGUACUUCUACCUGAUGAUCAACAUUGGAUCCCUGACCGGUCAAAUCGCCAUGGUUUACGCAGAGCGAUACGUUGGAUUCUGGUUGUCCUUCUUGCUUCCCACUGCCAUGUUCUGUCUUUGCCCAACCGUGCUUUACAUUUGCCGCAACAAGUACUACCUCACCCCUCCCAGUGGUUCGAUCUACCCCAAGGCUUUCAAGCUGUGGAGCCUGGCAAUGAAGGGUCACUGGACCCUGAACCCUGUCAGAUGGUUCCGCAAGUCGGAAACCAACAUUUGGGACAAUGUGAAGCCUAGUGUUCUCGGUUCCGCCAAGCCCGCCUGGAUGGACUUCGACGACGCUUGGGUUGACGAAGUUCGCCGUGGACUCCUGGCUUGUCGUGUCUUUUUGUGGUACCCUCUCUACUGGCUUGCCUACAACCAGAUGUUGAACAAUCUGACCUCGCAGGCUGCUACCAUGAAACUUGGCGGUGUCCCCAACGACAUCAUCAACAACCUCAACCCCUUCGCUCUCAUCAUCUUCAUCCCGAUCUUCGAUCAAGUCGUCUACCCAGGUCUCCGCAAGAUGGGCUUCAACUUCACCCCCCUCAAGCGCAUCACUGCUGGAUUCUGCAUGGCCGGUGCCGGUAUGAUCGUCGCGGCCGUCACUCAGCACUACAUCUACAAGCUCGGUCCUUGCGGUGAAGAGGCCAACUACUGUCUCGAGGUUAAGGGCGAAUACACCAACAUCUCCGUCUGGAUCCAGGCCCUGACUUACAUCCUUGGUGGUAUUUCCGAGAUUCUGGCAUCCGUCACAUCCCUCGAAUACGCCUACACCAAGGCGCCCAAGAACAUGCGUUCGCUUGUGCAGGCUGUUGCACUGUUCAUGAACGCAAUUUCCUCCGCUAUUGGUCAGGCAUUUGUCGGAUUGUCUGUGGAUCCCUUGCUGGUGUGGAACUACACACUCGUUGCUCUGCUGGCAUUCAUUGGUGGCGCUGGAUUCUGGUUGACCAACUACAAGUUGGAUCGCGAGGAAGACGCCAUGAACAUGCUGCCUGAUAGUCAGAUGGCUAACCGGGAGACUGUUGAUGAGGAGCGCAAAUAG